CCACGCUGCACCACCCACGACCAUCCACAACACACGCGACACACCAACAACAACACCACCACAGCAAACAACGAGUUGUGAUCCUCAUCAUGGGGAACUGGUUCUCCAGUGCUGUGUCAGCUGUGCUUCCAGCCAACGUCCGGGAUGCCCUGUUGCAAGAUCAGCAGCAUCGCCACGACGAUGAUAUCGACAGCGGAGAGCCUGCCAUGAAGCGCGCCAAGGUGGCACGGACUACCGAUGAUGACGAUGACACCAUGGCCGUAUCUACCGACUUCUGGCCGGCAGCCAACGCACCCUACGUGCAGCUGAAGCCACUGACAGAUGAAGACGUGUUCAUCACGGAGUUUAUCAGCACCCACAAGGGCUUCAGCGGCGUCAUCAAGCAGCGCUACUCCGACUUCCACGUGACGGAGGUGAUGCCCAACGGCGAGCUAGCACAGCUGACGACGACGGUGCCGCCAGAGGGCGAGCUGCCGACAAACCGCGGGAAACUGAGCUUCAACAAGGACGCCAUCGACAAGCUGGAGGGUCUUCUCACGUUGGAGGAGGUGGAGGCGCUGGUGCAGAUGUGCUACCACCCGCGCAAGGAGCGGGUGAUCGUCUCCUGCAGCGAUGACCGUGACGAGCGCACACGGCUGCACACCCUCAUCAAGGAGGUGUUCCCGCACCUCUACUCCCGCACGCUCACCCCGGAUAUGGACGACCCGCUCAUGCCGGCAGCCGUGGCCGAGGCAACGGCCGACACGGCGUCAAAGGGCAACAGCGCCGCCACCGCCACCGCCACCACCACCACCAGCAGCAGCAGCAGUGCUGGCGGGGAUGAGGCACGCGGGUAUCGACUUGAGGUGACACGUGAGGGCAGCAGCGUGUCCAAGGAGCGUGUUGCACCCGGGUUUCGACAUGGUGGGCGGCGCGACGAUGACCGCCACUCGCAGGGCCAGUACUGCCACUUUACGCUGUGCAAGGAGAACAUGGACACCAACGCGUGCGUGCGCCUCAUUUCUCGCAAGCUGCGCUGCAAACCGAAGGAGCUCAGCUACGCGGGCACAAAGGACAAGCGCGCCAUCACCACCCAGCGCAUGUGCAUUCGUCGUGUGCGCGCUCCGCGGCUCGCCUGUCUCAACCGUUGUCUCCGAGGCAUGACGCUUGGGGACUUCAAGUACGAGAACGCGUAUCUGCGACUGGGCGACCACCAGGGAAACCGCUUUGAGAUUGUCCUCCGAAACUGCACCGGCACAGACGAGCAGAUCACACAGGCGCUGACGUCGCUCGGCACGAACGGGUUCAUCAACUACUUUGGCAUGCAGCGGUUCGGGGUGUGCGCGGUGCCAACACACGCCGUCGGCCUUGCCAUGCUCAAGCGAAACUUCAAGCAGGCCAUCCACCUCCUCCUCCCGCCGAACGCGCGUCUGCACGACGGGUCUGACCGCGCGUGCGAGCACUAUCACCGCACCGGUGACGCCCACCGCGCCCUCGUCAUGAUGCCGAGGAAGUGCGAUGUUGAGCGCACCAUCCUGCAGACCCUCGAGAAGCAGCCAAACGGGUUUGCGACUGCGCUGCAAACGCUGCCACGACUGCACCGCACGCUGUACAUGCACGCGUACCAGAGCAUGGUGUGGAACCGCGUUGUGUCGCUGCGCCUCCGCACAUUCGGCCGCAAAGUCCUCGUGGGCGACCUCGUCUACAACAAGGACGUGAAGUUCAACAUCCGCGCAGCCGACCAGCGCAAGAAGCAUGCCGUGACGGUGACGGCGGAGACGCUGCACAAGUACACGAUCCACGAUGUGCUCAUGCCCAUCCCGGGCCAGGACGUGCCAUAUCCCAACAACGAAGUUCGGGACAUGUACGCGUCUGUUCUGGCGGAGGACGGGCUUGACAUUGACAACCUGCCGCACUACAUCCUGGAGUGUGUGCUGAAUGGGGACUUGCGUUACAUGAUCACGCUGCCAGGCAACGUCACAUGGCGGACGAUGCGUUACGAUGACGUGACGGUGCCGCUGCUGCAGUCGCCCAUCGACCGCUUGCAGGCUGCUGCUGAGGGCAAGACGCUGCCUGACCCGAAUGUGCCCACAGGACAGUACCGUGCGCUGAUUCUCGGCUUCACACUCGACGUGUCCUGCUACGCAACCAUGGCCAUUCGCGAGGUCCUCAAGACACCGACAGACAAGGCAUUCCAGAGCGCUCUCAACGCGUACAGCAACAAGGGCGGGCAGGGCAAUGGCGCCAAACGCAACCACCGCACCAACAACAACAACAACGCUCGGAGCACGCGCUAGCUCGUGUGUGUGUGUGUGUGUGUGUGUGUGUGUGUGUGUGUUUGCCGCUCGCUUGCUGUUUUGUGUUUGUGUCUUUGUGUAUGUUGUGCUUGACGCGUGUGUUUUGGAACAUUGUUGUGCUUUAUGCUUGAUAAGUUGGACCAUCCAUUAGAACAACAACACGAA